AUGAUCACGAAAGCAAUUUCAACAGCCAAAAGAUUUUCGAAUUGGUGGACUCAUACCACUUCAUUUCAAAGCACAGAAGAACCUAUUGAAGUAAAAGAAUCAAAUUCACAGAUUGAAGGUUUGAUUAACCAAGGAAUCGAAGAAAACCAUCAGACAGGUUCGUUUAGGAAACCUAAACAUCCUUUGGUCUUGUGCCAUGGUUUGUUUGGGUUUGAUUUGAUUGGUCCUCAAGCUUUACCACCACUUAGGAUUAGUUAUUGGAGAGGUGUUAAAGAAGCUUUGGAAAAGGAAGGAGUAGAAGUUUUGGUAGCUAGAGUUCCAGCUAGUGCAAGUAUUGAGGAAAGAGCUAGGAUAUUGGCUCAGUUUAUUGAAGAAAAACUUCCAGGAAGAGAUGUUAAUUUGAUUGGACAUUCUAUGGGAGGUUUGGAUUCUAGGUUUUUGAUCACUCAUUUGAAGCCUACUUCUUUCAAGGUAGCAUCUCUUACUACAAUUGCUACUCCUCAUCGAGGAAGCGCAUUUGCAGACUACGUAGUCUUAGACCUCCUAGGCACCAAUCAUUUACCAAAGAUUAUGACUUUAACACAAAAGAUUGGAAUUCCAGGAGGAGGUAAAGCAUUUGAAGAAUUAACGAUGAAGAAGAUGGAAAGGUUUAAUACCGAAACACCUGAUGAUCCCAACGUUUUAUAUUUUUCGUAUGGUGCUUGUUUCGAACCUGGCUUGACUAAUCUUUUUAGGAUUCCUUGGGGUGUGAUUUAUGAACGUGAAGGUCCAAAUGAUGGAAUGGUUUCGGUUUCUUCAGCUACUUGGGGUGAAUAUAAAGGUACAUUAGAGAAUGUGAACCAUUUAGAUUUAGUGGGUUGGACUGGAAUGAUUAGAUAUGCUUAUGCUGAAUGGACUGGUAAAAGGAUUGGUGUAGCUGAAUCUUUGGCUGAUAAAGGAUUAUAA